CUCUUAGCUAUGACCAAGACUCUCAAUGACCAAAAUUUCUUAAGAAGAUCUUGUCUCGAUCCUAUCUUUGGUCAUAUCGCUCCGAAUCACCAAAGGCUGUCAUUAAGCCUUAACCAAGGGCCUAUAGCCUGGUUCGACACUUAUUUGUUUCAAAAUAUUUUCAGAAAAAUCUACAUCUCACCUGACCCUCCCUUCAUUUGUCAUUAUUUGUUCCAUUCAUAAUUUUAAUCUAAUUACGACGACUGUAAAAAUUUUUUUGCCGAAAUUAUUGAAAUCCUUCUACAUUUUCAUUUUAUGCAUUUCAUAGUACCAAAUGCUUUCCAUACCAAAAAUUAAAUGCAAUCGAACUGAUCAUUAUGAAAAUUUUUUUUAAUUACAGUCGGAUCUUGGUUUACUUUCGCCCAUAUUCAUUCACCUCUCUAUUAUAUGGACACUU